AUGGCGACCGAGAACUUCAACGCGCUUGUUGCCGUUACUUCUAUUUUAUUGCUGUUUUCGUGUUUGGAAGCUGCAUCUGGAAAUCAGACAUUUUUAUACGCGGACGAGAUUCGCGGUCUGAGCGAACUGCCGAUGACCGAAUUGAUCCGAAUAAAGUCUUCCUUCGCGGACGAGAAAGAUUUCAUGGAGGAUGACGAAGAGUCAUUCGACGUGUCGAGCAGGACAUUGUCCUUGUCGCUGCCAAUGGCCCUUCCCUUGAAGGGGUUGAAUAAAAAGCCGAUGAGGCGAUACGAGGAGUACUGGGAAGAGAAGGGAAAGGACACGAAGAUCUCGAAGAUCUUUCAGCUGGCAGUCACGGCGCUUUCGUUCCUGGCUUUCGGGGGCUAUUUGCUCACUCUCGUAAUAACAGCUAUUCGUCGAAACUCAGGAAAUACCGGCAAUGGAAACGUCAUAGUGCUCUCGAACUUGCAAGCUCUGCAGGCCUACAAUCGUCCCAAGAGGAGCGUCCUGAUCUUCGAUCCAGCGGAGAACGACUUCGAGAUCGAGAAACUUUAUCAGGGAAUGAUCAUGCUGUCGCGAACUUACGCGUUGUAUAAUUAAUUAUUUUGUUUAGGAAUUGAUGGUUGUCGAUAAUUAAUUUCAAUAUUGGAAUCGAAUCAGACUUAGUUGAUAAGAUUUACCAGCACGAUUGUAACGUGUUCGUGAUUUAAAAACUAAAAUACUUUGGUUCUAAAUUCUGACCAGAGCUGAAGCGUAGCCAAAUCGUCGACAAUGCUCGCAGAUAUUAUUAUUACACCCCUAGGCAAAGUUUAUCUUAAAAAAUGAUCAAAUAAAGUUUGAUUUCAUGUCGAUACUGAAAUUAAUUAAUC